AUGCCUCCAGCUACAAUGCGUGCCGUCGUCCUGAAGGGUGACUUCCAUGUCGAAGUGGAAGACAGACCUACCCCGAAGGUCCAGAAGCCGACCGACGCCGUGCUCAAGGUCACUUCGACUGCUCUAUGCGGCUCGGACCUCCAUUUCUACCGAGGCCAUCUGAAGUGCCCGCCAAACUUCGUCUGCGGUCACGAGUUUGUGGGGACCAUUGCUGAGAAAGGCGACGCCGUCACCAACUUCAACAUUGGCGACAAGGUCGUGGUUCCCUUCUACACGGCCUGUCAGGAAUGCUACUACUGCGUGCGCGGACAGGCCAGUCGGUGCAGCAAAGGCGAGUUGUUUGGGAAUUCGGUCCCGGCCAACGCGAUCGAUGGCGGACAAGCCGAGUACGUGAGGGUGCCGUUGGCGAAUACUACUUUGGUCAAAGCUCCGCCUGGAAUUCCUGAGGAGAUGCUCGUUCUCAUGGCCGACAUCUUCCCCACGGGGUACUUCGCGGCACAGCGCUUCCUGAAGGACCUCCCGCAGCGUGACCGCGACGAGUUCACGACGGUGGUGAUCGGGUGCGGGCCCGUGGGUAUCUGCGCCAUUACGUGCGCGCUGACUAUGGUCAAGACGGUGUACGCGAUUGACUCGAUCCCGGAACGGCUGGCUGAGGCGGAGAAGAUUGGGGCCAUCCCGAUCAACCUGAACGACAAUCCAGUGGAGAAGAUCAAGGCGGCCAGCGGCGGGCGCGGAGCCGACGUGGUGCUGGAGGUGGUGGGCCACGCCGACGCCUUCAUGCUGGCCUUCGACAUGAUCCGGCCAUUCGGCCAGAUCUCGUCCAUCGGCGUGCACACGGAGACGAUACCGCUCAACGGCCUCCUGUGCUACGGCAAGAACGUCACCAUGGCCUUUGGGCGCUGCCCCGUGCGCAGCAUCUUCGAGGACGCCCUCGACAUCCUGGUCAAGGAGCAGAAAAAGGUCGCCUUCCUGUGCGGCCGCACCAUGUCCCUCGAGGACGCGCCCCAGGCCUACAAGGACUUUGAGGCCCGCAAGGUCCACAAGAUUGUCUUCAAGAUGCCCGGCGAGCAGACUGGCCAGUCCAUUGCGGACAAGGUGUAA